AUGGAGGCAGCUCUGCGGCUCUCAGAAGGUGAAUCUCACUGUAAGAUCUUUAUAGCAUGCAGGUCCUCAUUCAACACUGUAGAUCCUCAAGUCUCUUUGUGUUUUUAUCCUUCAGCAGGUUCAAAUGAAUCAACUCCUGCCACCCCAGACCUGUAUCAGGAUGGAACUCAGGCAGCAGCUGAGCUGGCCGCCAGGAACAAGCAGAGUGUGAGUUGGGAGAGGCCCGAAGGUGUGGGUGCAGGUCUCCUGAACACGGGCAACACCUGCUACCUCAAUGCAGCCUUGCAGUGUCUGACACACACACCACCUCUUGCCGACUACAUGCUCUCCCGGGAGCACUCUCGGAGCUAUUGUCACCAGGAAGACUGUACCAUGUGUGUCAUGAAAACUCACGUGACCCAGAGUCUCCUCCACUCCGGGGAUGUCAUGCAGCCCUCGAGGAAGCUGACUGCCACCUUCCACAAGGACAAGCAGGAAGAUGCCCAUGAGUUUCUGAUGUUCACCUUGAACGCCAUGCAUGAAUCCUGCCUUCGAGGGAGCAAGCACUCAGAAGCCCCCUCUGAAGACAGCAGCCUGAUCCAUGAGAUAUUUGGAGGCUCAUGCAGAUCUCAAAUCAAGUGUCUCAGCUGCCAGGGCACCUCAGAUUCUGUUAACCAAUUUCUGGACAUCUCCUUGGAUAUCAACGCAGUUCAGAGUGUGAACCAAGCCUUGGAGGAUUUAGUGAAGCCUGAAGAGCUGUGUGGGGAAAAUGCCUACCACUGUGACCAUUGCCAGGAGAAGAUGCCAGCUUCAAAGACCCUGACAAUUGAAACUGCCUCGAAGGUUCUCCUGCUGGUAUUGAAUCGCUUCUCAGACUUCAUGGGUGGCAAAGUGGAUAGGCACAUAAGUUACCCAGAGUCCCUUGACCUACGGCCAUACAUGUCUCAGCCUGAGGGAGGACCACUGGUGUAUGCCCUUUAUGCUGUGCUGGUCCAUGCUGGUGUGACUUGUCACUUUGGACAUUACUUCUGUUAUGUCAGAGCUGGCAGUGGGAAGUGGUAUAAGAUGGACGAUUCUAAGGUUGAGAGGUGGGAUGUGACUUCUGUCCUGAGUGAGCCUGCAUAUGUGCUCUUCUACAUCCGGGAGACUGAGCUAAAGAAGGACAGUGUCAAGGGGCCAGGAGGCACAGUCAACCAGGCUCAGGUUGGACAACCCCAGAACAGAAAUCUCAACAGAGGAUCUUGGGUGGGAGCUGUAGAACCACGAGGACACAUGGAGAAUAGAGCAGCCAUAGAAUUCUCCUUACACGAGUGGAAAGUGCUGCAGGAGCAGAACAGGCAGAAUCCUUUGCUGAACCUCAGAAGAGCUGAACCCACUCUACCAGCCAAUGUAGUUGUGAUUCACCAGCCCAGAUACAGACAAUACUGGUACAAGAAAUAUCCCAACAAGGAGAAUUACCCAUAUCACAAUUCUGCCAGAUUUCUGUCUGCUCAUGGAGCCAUGAACACUGGACAGCUCUGGCGUCAGGGAGGAACAUCAAGUUCAAGAAGAAGAAGAAGAAAAAGAAGAAGAAGGAAGGGUGGAGGCCUCUAA